CAAGGGAUUUAUUCUCACUAAUUAGUUUAUUUUGUAAUAAUCUCAUUGUAACCUUAAAGUCUUACAUACAAUUAUAUUCGUAUCAUACAUUACGCAAACAUUACCUACGCACUGACGUUACAAUUCUAAUUAUCUCUCAUUUUGGAAUGAGAGUUUUGACUGGUAGACAAUGAUAGAUCCAAGAAGCUGCCCCCCCAUGUGAGUGAUGCAUCAAAGUCAAUUGAGCUCCCCCUGGCACUCUGGAAUCGAAACCUCGAGAUUUGGCUUCUAUUAUUUAUACACACACACACACACACACAUAUAUAUAUAUAGCAAUUCUGGGAAGGAGAUAUACAUAUGCAAGGCAGUGAAGUAUGGGGGAAGAAGUGAAGCUCUUGAGGACAUGGUCAAGCCCAUUUAGUUUAAGAGUGUUGUGGGCAUUGAAACUCAAACGCAUAGAGUUUGAAACAAUAGAAGAAGAUCUCUCCAGCAAAAGUCCUCUUCUUCUUCAAUCAAAUCCUGUUUACAAGAAGAUCCCUGUCCUCAUUCACAACGGCAAAUCACUGUGUGAGUCACAUGUCAUCCUUGAGUAUAUUGACGAGACAUGGAAGCAGUAUCCUUUGCUGCCACAAGAUCCUCAUGACAGAGCCAAGGCACGCUUCUGGGCAAAAUUUGGAGAUGAUAAGGUGCUGCCGACAAUACAGUCUUCAUUUAAAACCCAAGGACAAGAGCAAGAGGAAGCUCUGGCUGCAGCCGCUGAAAACUUGAACUUCUUAGAAGAAGAGCUGCUAGGAAAGAAAUUUUUUGGUGGAGACAAGAUUGGGUUCGUUGAUCUUGCAUUGGGUUGGCUUGCUAACUUCCUUGGUGUUGUGAAAGAGGUAACCGGCAUCAACAUUGUCGAUGAGCAGAGAUUUCCUCGGUUAUCAGGUUGGUUGCAAGACUUCUCAAGUGCUCCAGUUAUUAAAGAAAGCUUCCCACCUCAUGAUAAAUUAGUCACCAAGUUCCGCAUCCUCCAGGAGAAAUUCAUCUCGACUGCAGCUGCAUCCAAAUGAUUCACACUCUCAACUGUUUCAAUGCAAAUGCUUGUAUUACUAUAUGCAAUCUGAAAAUAAGCAAGCACAAAGAGUGAACAGAAGGAUAUGUUUUCAAAACUAAUCUGAUAUUGUACUUUUUUAGAGAAAUAAAAGAACAAUCUUCAGCCUUCUCGACC